CGAAUCCAUGUCGUCCAUCUCCUUUCCUCAUUCUGGCGCCUUUGGAGCGUCCUCGGGCUCGUCUUCGGUGCAUGAUGAUGCGGUGUUCUCGCCGUCUUUUGAGCCCUCCGGCUCGUCUUUCCAGAUGAAUCCGCUCUCACAGCAUCCGCCUCGCACGCCACGCACCUCCAUCAUCUCCAACGCUGCGUCGACGAAUUCGACACAAGUGUAUGGUCAAGAAAUAUACGGUGCGAAGGGGGACAACAAGUCUGAACACGAAGCGGAGAGCGUAGACGAGGAACCUACUACGCCCAGACCUCGGAAGAAGGUUAGGCAUGAAACCAUUUGGAAGGAGGUGCUCAGUACAAGUUACGGGCGGGACAAGACUCUCAAAUUACUGCAAUACUCGAUACGCGUUUAUCUUCUCGUGCACACUACGCUAGCUGCAACGGCGGCACUCAGAAAGCCGACAGGUCGCUCAUGGGAAGUUGAGAUAGUCAAGCGGCUGGAGUCCACAGCUGCCGGAUUCUCGCUAACAAGGAAAUGCUUGAUAUUAUUCAAUUGGUUGCAUCCAUUGCAUUCCAUUAUGGACCAACAUCACGCCUCCUCCGACGGAAUACUGGGGAAGUCGAAGACGGCCGCGAAACCGCUGCUACACACGGUGCUUCAUGCGCCUCCCCCGGUGUUGCUGGAGCUGCUCAACGCCGUGUCGGAUGACCUGGCGACGUUCUCCAAACUUGGUCUCUUGGGAAAGCGCACAGGAGAUAGAGCCGCGCGUCUGUCUGACUGGUGCUGGUUUGCCAGUACUCUCGUCAACCUGGUCGAGAAUGCCGUAGAACGGAGCGUCAUCAUCGGCCUCCAGCACGAAGUUGAGUCUCGGUUGUAUACCGAAUCGAUGACCGGGACCACGUCAAAGUCAAUACCCGCGUCCAAACACGACGAGAAGGAGCUACAGCGCUUGCAGAAGAAGGACUACUGGCUACAAAUAACCCGCGCGAAGCUCCUCAUGGACCUCGUUUUCGUCUCGUAUGACGUUUUCAAGAUGAAGAAGGCCAAGGCACCGAUGCAGGCCAUCACCGGGUUGGCUUCCGCAGUGCUCAGUACCGCUAAGCUCUAUAAUAACCACAAACUAUCGCUGAUCAAGCCUUCGAAUCCUCCGUUUUGA